AUGUCUGGUCCACAACCGUCCGGUGCAGGCAGAGGUAAUUGGAAGAACCUUGCUCCAAGCCAGGCUGACGAAGAUGCCUUUGAUUAUGUCAAAUUUAGAGAUACGGUUAAACCCAGCGGGUACAUAGGUUCCGUCGCAAACAUGGUAAAAGGCGCUUUAGGUGGAGGGAUUUUAGGAGGACAUGUUGCUUAUAUGAAAGCUGGAAUUGCCGUGGCAUUGCCAUUUAACCUUAUAUUUGGAAUAUAUAUGACCUUCUGUUUACACAUUUUGGUGCUCUCAGCGCAAAUACUCUACAGAAGAUGUCGGGUCACAUUUAUGACAUACCCUGACGUCGGAGAAGCAGCUAUGGCAUGUUUUCCACACCCCAAGGUGGCGAGAUUUUCAAAAAUUUUUAGGUAUACCAUAGAUAUAAUCAUAGGAAUCGAUUUAUAUGGUUCCUGUGCCUGCUACCAAAUUAUUAUAGCGAAGUCUAUUAAACAGCUUGUUGAGAAUUUGGAUAAGGAUGCUCCAGAUGAUGCAGGUCGUGAUAUCAGAGUAUACUUAGCUGCCAUGAUGAUACCCGUUAUACUUAUUUGUUUGAUAAUACAUUUGAAAUAUUUGGCUCCACUCUCCAUAGUCGCAAAUCUCAUUAUUUGUGUUUGCAUUUUUUUGACUGUUUAUUACGCAUUGGUCAAUAACCCACGUUUUGAAGGCAUGAAGAUGUUCACAGAAGUGUAUAAUUUCUUUGAGUUCACCGGAAUGGUUGUAUUUAGUAUGUCAUGUUCUGGUGUUGUUAUCCCCAUAGAAAAUAAUAUGGAGAAGCCAAAAAACUUUCCAAAAGUUUUGUUAACCGGUAUGUCUAUCAUCAUUUUAUUUACAUUUUUGGUAUCAUUUUUUGGUUAUUCUGGCUACUUGGAGAAGUGCGAGUCACCUAUCACUGUUAACUUUCCCAUGACUUUAUGGGCAAAGUUACUAAAAGGAGGUAUCGCAAUAAUGAUAUAUGUGACCCACGCUCUCAACUUCUGGGUACCCUUCAACCUUUGCUUCUACUAUAUCAAAUUCCUUCACAAUCAAAACAAGCUGUUCAUGUGGGAAUUGAUAUACAGAGCAUUUUUCUGCUUCCUUGUUUCAAUUGUCGCUAUUAUAUUCCCUAACAUCAAUGCUCUCAUGGGAUUCUUGGGCGCCUUUUGUUUAUCGAACAUGGCCUUUAUUUGGCCAAAUCUCAUCUACCUCAUGGUUAUAUGGCAGAGACCUGGCCUUGGUAAGUUUCGGUGGCGUCUAUGGCGAGCUGUCAUCCUCAUGUCGGUGGGAGUUUUCAUAUUAAUUUGCGGGACUAUCGUCAAUUUCAACGAACUGAUGUCGGUAUUCAAAUAG